AUGAAACAAUUAAUCAAUAAAUUGAAUGAGAGUUCAAUAAAAUUAAAUAUUGCUUAUCAAAAAAAUAUAAACAAAAUAAAUUUAAAAAGAUAAUUAAUUUUAAGGAUAAUUAAAUAAACUCCUAGUGAAUUAGAUUAAGUUUUUUGGAAUUAAUAAAGUACUACUUAUUUAUACUAAUAGAGACUUAAAAUACUGAAAAGCAGUAAUCCACCUUCUCACUAAAGGUGUAACAACUAAAGAAUAUCUAAUAUUAAUCAGAACCUAAUAAUUCUACGAUAGUAAAAACAAAAAAACUUAAUCUUCAAGUAAAAAUUGUUUUUCUAAACGAAUAGUCCCAAUAACACUAGCUAAUACAUCAAAUCAAAGGAUCACUCUAAAAAUCUGACUGGCUACAAACAAAAAACAAAGUACUAACACAUCAUUAAAAGAAAGCAAUUUAAAAAAGACUUAUAAUAGCCUACUCUCUGUAUAAUAGUUAUUAAAGACAGCUAAUAAGUUAGUUAAUUAGUUAGAAGAUAUUUACAAAAUUAAAUAGCAAAUAAAAAAAGCAACUUUUUAAAAAGCGUUUAUUUAAAAUAAAACAAAUAACUCAAACUCUUAAAAAAACAAUUUAGUUAUUGA